AUGAGUGGGGACGAUAGGGAUUUGUCUAUGCAAAGAAAAAAAGUUGUGAAAAGCAAACCAGAGUUAUUGCCUAAUGAAAGGUAUGAAUUAAUUGCCACCUAUGAUUUAUUGUCUGCAGAUGAACAGAAGUUUACAACAGAAAAGUCAAAUGCCUCUUCUCUGAUCGAAUUUGUCCUACUUGGGUUUUCUGAUGUUCCCCAUCUCCAGUGGAUUCUGUUUGGGAUAUUUUUGCUCAUGUAUUUGACUAUUCUGAUGUGCAACAGCACUAUAAUGCUAAUAACAAGAAUUGACUCUGCUCUGCAGACCCCUAUGUAUUUUUUCCUCAGCAAUUUUUCUUUUGUAGAAAUCUGUUAUGUAACAGUCACCAUCCCCAGGAUGCUCAUGGACCUUUGCACUCUAAAAGGAAAUAUCUCUGUAUUUGCCUGUGCCACACAAAUGUGCUUCAUUCUGAUGCUGGGAGGCACAGAGUGUCUCCUCUUGACAGCCAUGGCCUAUGACCGCUAUGUGGCCAUUUGCAACCCUCUGCACUAUUCCCUAGUCAUGAACCACAGGAUCUGUACACAGUUGGUUGCUGCCUCCUGGAUUAGUGUCAUUCCAGUUGUGAUUGGACAAACUUACCAGAUAUUCUCACUACCCUUCUGCGGAUCUAACAGAAUUAAUCAUUUCAUCUGUGACAUCCCACCUGUCCUCAAGCUUGCUUGUGGAGACACAUUUGUGAAUGAGAUAGCAGUGUACAUUGUUGCAAUGGUGUUUGUCAUGGUUCCCUUUGGGCUGAUCCUUGUUUCCUAUUGCAAAAUUAUCUUCAGCAUUCUGAAAUUGUCCUCAGCCAAAGGAAGGGCCAAAGCCUUCUCCACCUGCUCCUCUCACCUGACAGUUGUAGUCCUGUUCUAUGGAACUGCGGGCAUCACGUACUUACAACCCAAGCCAACGCAAUCAGAAAGAAUUGGAAAACUGUUGUCUCUUUUCUAUACCAUUUUAAUCCCAACUCUGAACCCCAUUAUAUACACUCUGAGGAACAAGGACAUUAUGAUGGCUUUGAGAAAACUACUCAGUAAGUUACUAGCAUGA